AUGCCAUCGAAAGCUUUGGUGGAUGAUGAACAAGAUCGCUUUACUAUCGACUGCAAAUAUUAUACUGCGGAAGUAGGCGUUAAAAUGUUUCUUUCCCCUGAAGGGGAGGAAGAGGCAAUGUCUGUCGCCGAAACUAUCGUAGUGUGCUUUGAAUUUACUCAACCCGCUAGCUGGGAGGCCGCUUGCCAUUGGCAGAAAAAAGCGUCUGACUGCGAGACGCCAAUUCGCUUGCUGGUUUGUUCCCAGUUGCCAGAAGAUGAGGAGGCCCGAAGUACAGUAUACAAGCAUGCUUUGCAAAACCAUUUUGAGGUGAUCGAGUUGAAUCCGCCUGCAGUUGAUGCUGAUGACGAUGAGGAAUACGGUUUCCCUCGUCUUCGAGCCGCUCUGGAGGCUCACCAAUGGCCUGGAUUAAAACUAAAAGCCCAAAAUGCUGUUCUUUCACGCGGAGUGGAGUCACAACACCUCAAAGAACCCGGUUUGGCUCAAAAUGCCGUUCGUUCAUGCGGAGUCGAGUCACAACACCUCAAAGAACCCAGUUUGGACGUCAACGGUUCCAAGGGGCCAACUUCUGAAAAGAAGAAAUCUCCUAGGAAGCAGGAGAGUGAAGAAGACUUCGGUAGCCUCCUUUCCCAACUCCUUGAAAUAAAGUCAAAGGCCGCAAGCAUGGAUGUCGCCGAACGCCGGAAGUUAGCUGAAAAGGUCAGCAGUUAUUCGAGUUAA